AUGGCGAGCCGGGACAACAAAGCUGCCGACGCAGCAAGUCGCCGUGAAAGGGGAGUGAUCGCCCAGCGAGAGUACCGGAAGCGACACGCAAAUAAGGUUCAGAUUCUGCAAGACGAGAACACAGCUUUGAGGAAAGCCAUCGAAGAUAUUGACAUUGCUCUCAGGAGUCGGGGGCUACUUGUCGGCGACCUCAGUAAAGUCCUCAAUCGUGCUCGUCAAGCGGCUGGAUUACCCGAGCUGCAGUCGAACUCGGAGCCCGUGAUCUCGCUCGAAGCAGGGCUCUCGAACAGUGCCCAAGCUCGGCAGCAGACCCCUGAACCAAACCCCCACGACACGCCCAUUCAGGCCGUGUCCUCGGUCCCGCAAGGCCUGUCUCACGCUGUAGGACAGCACCAGGGCCACUGGUCAGUCCUAUCGCUGGGUAGCGGCCGUAUGAGUCCACGUCUCGAUUAUGGCCUCUGGAAUGACACUGAUCGGCUCGUUCGUCUCUUUGACCCGCCAGAAGACAUACUACCUUACAUUGGCGACAAAGCAAAGACCAUUACUGGUGCCAUCUUCUGGAGCUGCAUCACGAGAACGGUUGCUCUCUGGAAAGAACACAACCAGGCACGCGCGAUCAGUGAUGCCUCAGACAAUGCUUCCACCACCACGUCGCCCGCCACCGCGUCGCUCCGGCACAUUUUCUCACUCCAGUCCGUGAUGAAGGAUGAGACAUUUCUGAUGUCUCUCGCUCAGUCUCGCCUGGACUACAAACGAAAAGGAUAUACCUUUGUUCGCCUCCAGGAGCAAUCCCGCGAAAAUUCUUCUUCUGAGCUCGCCGACAUGCGCCGUCAAGCCACGGACGCUGCUGCGUCCCAAGGAAAGCCGCCUUCCAUGUGGAAAUCGCUCGAGGAUGUCGAAGUCAUGCUGAAGAGUCACAUGACUGAAGAUGAAGUUGACCGCAUGAGCGCUGUCGCGCAGGGUAACGGCACAGAUGAGGACGCCUACUUGUUCAGCAUCAUUGUCAUUUCCCUGGCGAACCAUUUCAUUUGUUUCGGCGACGGCCCGCGCUGGGACGCAGUCUAUGUCUCCCUCGCCGUCGGUGGUUGGCUCAAAGUCCUCCAAGAUCCAGCAGAGCCCAAGUCAUGGGACAAGAUCCCGUCAAGUCAGUACUUGACGGGGCCUGACAUGGGCGGGGAAACCCGCCAGCAUCAGCCCUAG